AUGGUGAAGAUGACUUUCAAGGUCACCGUCGCACUAACCAUCGGCCUCGCCCUGGUCGAUCGAUCAAUCGCCGGCGUGAUACCGCUGGACCAUGAUCAUCAUGUCUCGGUGGCUAGCUCGUACAUGCAUUUUCAAGGGCCAGUACAGGGACCUGAAUACGAGGUGAAAGUGCCGCACGUACCUGUGGACCAUUUCGGCGAGCACAACUUUUUGCAGAGCCACCACGAGCAUCGCCAUCACGACGGCUACACAGUUGACUAUGUGGCGAAGCCAAAGUACGAAUUCUCAUACGGCGUCGAGGAUCAUCAUACCGGCGACUUUCACGGCCAGAAAGAGUCCAGCGAUGGACACGGCGUGACGGGGGAGUAUACCGUGAAAGAUCCAGGUGGUAGUCUCCGGAUCGUCACCUACCACGCGGACAAGGAGGGAUUUCACGCGGUGGUACACACUACCGGGAAGAAUGAUCAUUCAGGCGGGGUCUACGGCGGUCAAGGGCAUGAGACUCAAGAUCACCUGCACGAGUACGCCGCGUUAUCCGCGCAUGCUGCAGCGUUCUGA